UCAUAUCCACCCGGCUGCGGAAGUCUUUCCAGGGUGCACGCUUCUCUCUCUCCGUGCUUAAACCUUAGAGGUGACAUUUUUUAACCAGCUCGCACUGUUCUAUAAAAUCUAAUACAUAAGCACAGAGUGACAAUGGCGGAUUUCAAUAGUUUUGAUAUGCCGUCAGCCGGCUCGUCAAACAACGCGGACGCUGCGGAACUCCAGCGUCUGAUCGCUGUGGAGCAGCAGAAAGCACAGUUCCAGGCUCAGGUGCAUAACUUCACAGAUGUGUGCUGGGACAAAUGUAUAGAGAAGCCGAGCUCAAAGCUGGACUCGCGCACCGAGACGUGCCUCGUGAGCUGUGUGGAACGCUUUAUUGACACCACACUGGCCAUCACAAACCGCUUCACACAGAUGGUGCAGAAGGGCACACACUGAGCAUGCUGGCACCGCACGACCUCUCAAGGACAAAAGGCCUAUGCUUCUAUUGGCAUCCUCUUCCUCACUGGCAAAUAAGGAGGAGAGGACUUCAGCCAAACUCUCAAAAUGAAUCCCAAAUGACUCUUUAUUCCCUCUGAAUGCUAUAACAUUCUAAUUUGUUCAUUUUUUCCCUUCAUUUUCUCAAGUCUAGAAAUAGAGUUCACCCUCUGGGAAGAUUCCACACAUUAGCAAACUCUACUUUAAAGUAACCCUGAAUGAACCAUUUUAAGCCACUUUAAUUAAAUCAAACCCCCAUGCUGUACUUGCUUAAACAUACUGUACAUCAAAUAUGGAGCCAUUUGGGAUUCAGCCCCUGUUUGAGGUCAUGAAUCAUAACUCGUACCUUCACUUAAAUCUCAUAACUUUAAAAGAUAAACUAGGGACUAGUGCGAACAGUGGACUGUGUGAUUGUGUGGCAGUUUCACGUAAUAAUUCUCUCACCACGGUAUUGUUUCCAAACAGUUAUUGUUUUUACAGCCCUUGGAACUUUUGUUAGACAUAAUGAUCAGAGUACGGAUAAUGAUCUGAUGUAACAUUUCACUCAGCGAUUGCCUGGAUAAAGUGUAAAGUCAGUCUGAUUUUUAAAGUUCAAAUGUUUCUGUUUGACAGCUGUGAUGUGGGUCUCAUGGAUUUCUCAUUUUGACACUUGUUACAGUGGAAUUACACAAUGUGUGCUUUUUCAAUUAAAUACAGUAUAAAACUCA